AUGAAGUUGCUUGUGCUCAUAUUUUUAAGUCAUCUCCUCAUGGUUCACUCACAGGAGACUGAAGAUAUUAAGGGAUACAUGUAUGUAUUUGCAUAAGAAUGGCCUGGAUCAAUAUGCAAAUUUUAAAAGUGUACCAAAACCUACAUGGGUAACUACGACAAUGCAAGAUGGAACACACACGGUCUGUGGCCCAACACCAUGCUAGCCACAUCAUGCGGAUUUAUCUCUAAUUGCAGAGAUGAAACAUAUGACGAAUCUAAAUUAACAGUAGCAACCAAGACAUUGAUAGAUGUUACUUGGAACGGAAUGUAUUCUGAUACCCUCACAUUCAGAAAACAUGAAUGGGAAAAGCAUGGUACAUGUCAUCCAGAUAAUUUAACCUAGAAUGGAUAUAUGUCAAAAGUAGGCAAUUUAAAUAAUCAAUAUAAUUACUACAAAAUAUUGGCAUCCGCUGGAAUCUACCCUGACAAUAGCAGAGAAUUGACUGAUGCUGAAUUCAGAGCUCCCUUCACUAAAACCUUAGGCAUUUCAACAGCUAUGACUUAUACUUGUCAAAAAGAUUCAUCAACUGGUAAAUUUUACAUAGCUGAAGUCAGAACAUGCUUUACUUAAGCCAUGAAAGCUAGAACUUGUGAUUGCAGUAAACCUAUUAGUGCAUUUGUCACUUGUGGCAAAUCCUUCUAUUAUCCAACAUUCCAACUUUCCAACGAUUACGUAUCUUAUGUUGAAGAACUAGCUGAUGAAGUUAGUGGAAUAUUUUAAAACUUUGCAAAUGAGAUUAUGAAUAUUUUAUUUUGAAAAACGAAUAUUAACGAUAUUUUUGAA